CCCGCGCAGGGAUGAUCGGGAAUGGAGGCGGGUGCUGGCUGCAGCGAGGCCCGCAGGCAGUGCCAACGAAGGGCGAGGUGGGGAAGGACACCUGUGUGGACACUGAACUGCUGAAAGACGACGUCCCCAUGGCUGCCGACGAAGGCUCCGCGGAACAGCAGGGAGGAGAGGCUCACACGGCCGCCGCAGAUGGUGAAACCAACGGGUCCUGUGAGAAGAGUGAAGCCAGCAGCCAUGCGAACACCGCCGCCUCCGCCAAGCACACUCUGGAGCUUGUGAAGGCCGGCCCUCAGGACAGUGCCCACAAGCUGGCCCGCAUCGCGGAGAACGGCCUGUCAGAGCGUGAUGUCGAGGCGGGACCCCAGAACCAUGUGAGGGCCGACGAGCUCACACAGACCGCCGUCGUUGGGAGCAACGGCUUCUUCCUGGCCAAGCCAGCCCUGCAGGGGCAGCCCUCUCGGACUAGCGGCCCCUCAGCGCCCCCCCUUCCUGGCCAUGCCGCCAAGACCCUGCCGGGAGGAGCUGGCAAAGCAAGGACUCCAGGCGCUUUUUCUCAGAUGCCAGCUGCAGUGCCAGCCAGGCUCGGAGAGGGCAGCCGGGACACUGACGACAGGCCGCUGCCCGGCCCGGGCCCCGGCCCCGAUGUCAAGGUUCACCGAGCUCGCAAGACCAUGCCCAAGUCCACCCUGGGCCUGCACGUGGCUGGCAUGGAGACCCGAGAUGUCCGAGAGGCCAGAGACCACCAGGAGUUGAAGGAGGAGACCUCCAGGGGCCUGGCUGAUUUCGGGAGGCGGCAGCUCUUAGCCCCGUUCCCGCCCCUGCAUCAGUCGCUACCUCAGAACCAGUGCUAUGUGGCCACCGCGAAGUCCCAGACAGCUUGCUUGCCUUUUGUUUUAGCAGCUGCAGUAUCUCGGAAGAAAAAACGAAGAAUGGGAACCUAUAGCCUGGUUCCCAAGAAAAAGACCAAAGUGUUAAAACAGAGGACGGUGAUUGAGAUGUUUAAGAGUAUAACUCAUUCCACUGUGGGGCCCAAGGGCGAGAAGGACCUGGACGACAACACUCUGCAUGUGAAUGGAGAGAGUCUGGAGAUGGACUCGGAAGAGGAGGACUCCGAGGAUCUGGAGGAGGAGGAUGAGCACGGGGCUGAGCAGGCAGCAGCUUUUCCCACAGAGGACAGCCGGACUUCCAAGGAGAGCAUGUCGGAGAGUGACCGGGCCCAGAAGAUGGAUGGCGAGUCGGAAGAAGAGGCAGAGUCCGUGGACACUGGCGAGGAAGAGGAGGAUGGGGACGAGUCUGACUUGAGCUCUGAAUCCAGCAUUAAGAAGAAGUUUCUGAAACGGAAAGGGAAGACCGACAGCCCGUGGAUCAAACCCGCCAGAAAGAGGCGGCGGAGGAACAAGAAGAAGCCCAGUGGGGAACCAGGUCCUGAGGUGUAUAAGUCAUCAUCGGGAAGCACUGAGCAGGCUGCCCCCGGAGAUAGCAUGGGGUACAUGGAAGUUCCCCUGGACUCUCUGGACCUGCACGUCACAGGAAUUCUGUCCUCGCCUGCUUCAGAAGUGCUGGCCAAUGGUCCCGGGGUGGCGGAUACAGACGGCCUCCAGGAAGUGCCUCUGUGCAGCUGCCGGAUGGAGACUCCGAAGAGCCGGGAGAUCACCACCCUGGCCAACAACCAGUGCAUGGCCACUGAGAGUGUGGACCACGAGCUUGGCCGGUGCGCCAACAGCGUGGCCAAGUUGGAGCUGAUGCGCCCGUCUAACAGAGUGCCGCUCCUGGUGCUGUGUGAGGACCACAGGGCUCGCAUGGUGAAGCACCAGUGCUGCCCGGGCUGCGGCUACUUCUGCACCGCGGGCAGCUUCAUGGAGUGCCAGCCCGAGAGCAGCGUCUCCCAUCGCUUCCACAAGGACUGCGCCUCUCGAGUCAACAACUCCAGCUACUGCCCCCACUGUGGUGAGGAAGCCGCCAAGGCCAGGGAGGUGACCAUUGCUAAGGCUGACACGACCUCCACCGUGACUCUGGGGCCCGGGACCGAGAAGGCUACUACCACCGAGGGCAGGGCGGACACCACCACUGGCAGUGGUGCUGGGUCCCAGCUCACCGAGGGAGACAAGCUGCAGAGCUCGACCCCCCAGCCUCCCGAGGCCUUUGAGCUGACCGGACCCGCGGGACCUGUGAAGCCUGCUCCCGGCCUUCCCCAGGGGUCUGGCAAGGAGACGCUGGAGAGCGCCCUGAUGGCGCUAGACUCUGAGAAGCCCAAGAAGCUCCGCUUUCACCCGAAGCAGCUGUACUUCUCUGCCAGGCAGGGUGAGCUGCAGAAGGUGCUCCUCAUGCUGGUGGAUGGCAUUGACCCCAACUUCAAGAUGGAGCACCAGGGCAAGCGGUGUCCAUUGCAUGCUGCUGCCGAGGCCGGCCACGUGGACGUCUGCCACAUGCUGAUCCAGGCGGGCGCCAACAUCGACACCUGCUCUGAGGACCAGCGGACCCCGCUGAUGGAGGCUGCGGAGAACAACCACCUGGACGCAGUCAAGUACCUCAUCAAGGCGGGGGCGCUUGUGGACCCCAAGGAUGCUGAGGGUUCCACGUGUUUGCACCUGGCUGCCAAGAAAGGUCACUACGACGUGGUCCAGUACCUGCUGUCCAAUGGACAGAUGGACGUCAACUGCCAGGAUGAUGGAGGCUGGACGCCAAUGAUCUGGGCCACCGAGUACAAACACGUCGACCUGGUGAAGCUGCUGCUCUCCAAGGGCUCCGACAUCAACAUCCGAGACAACGAGGAGAACAUCUGCCUGCACUGGGCUGCGUUUUCAGGCUGCGUGGACAUCGCAGAGAUCCUGCUGGCCGCCAAGUGCGACCUGCAUGCCGUCAACAUCCACGGAGACUCGCCACUGCACAUUGCUGCCCGGGAGAACCGCUACGACUGUGUUGUCCUCUUCCUCUCUCGGGAUUCGGACGUCACCUUGAAGAACAAGGAGGGGGAGACGCCGCUGCAGUGCGCCAGCCUCAAUUCCCAGGUGUGGACUGCCCUGCAGAUGAGCAAGGCCCUGCGGGACUCGGCGCCCAGUCAGCCCGCUCCAGCGGGGCGGACAGUGAGCAGGGACAUUGCCCGGGGCUAUGAGCGUGUGCCUAUCCCGUGUGUCAACGCGGUGGACAGCGAGCCGGGCCCUAGCAACUACAAGUACGUGUCCCAGAACUGCGUCACGUCGCCCAUGAGCAUCGACCGGAGCAUCACCCACCUGCAGUAUUGCGUGUGCAUCGAUGACUGCUCCUCUAGCAAUUGCAUGUGUGGCCAGCUCAGCAUGCGCUGUUGGUACGACAAGGACGGCCGCCUCCUGCCGGAGUUCAACAUGGCCGAGCCGCCCCUGAUCUUCGAGUGCAACCACGCCUGUACCUGCUGGAGGAGCUGCCGCAACAGGGUCGUGCAGAACGGUCUCAGGGCUCGGCUGCAGCUCUACCGGACGGAGAACAUGGGCUGGGGUGUACGGACCCUGCAGGACAUCCCCCUGGGCACCUUCGUCUGCGAGUACGUCGGGGAGCUUAUCUCUGACUCCGAGGCUGAUGUCCGGGAAGAGGACUCCUACCUCUUUGACCUUGACAAUAAGGACGGCGAUGUGUACUGCAUCGACGCGCGCUUCUAUGGCAACGUGAGCCGCUUCAUCAACCACCACUGCGAGCCCAACCUGGUGCCUGUGCGCGUCUUCAUGUCCCACCAGGACCUGCGCUUCCCCCGAGUUGCCUUCUUCAGCACUCGCCCCAUUGCAGCCGGCGAGCAGCUUGGGUUUGACUACGGGGACCGCUUCUGGGACAUCAAGGGCAAACUGUUUGGCUGCCAGUGCGGCUCGCCCAAGUGUCGGCGCUCGAGCGCGGCCCUGGCACAGCGGCAGGCCAGCACAGCCCAGGAGGCCCAGGAGAACGGCCUGCCAGACACCAGCUCCUCUGCUACCGCGGACCCGCUAUGAGGGCAGGUGGCACAGGAAGCUCCAGUGCACAGUACUUUGGGACCCCGCUUGGAGGGCAGCUGCCACUGAGGAGGAAGGCCGGGGCAUUGCCUGCUCGGGGUCUGCCGAGUUCCCAGGUGAGCUGCCCUGUGGGACGCCUAGCAGCCAGGCUGUGCUCAGGCUAAGUGGGGACCUUGGGUGGCCUCUGUGCCCCCGCCUGCCUCCGAGCCACCUUCGCUUCAGGGCUCCCAUCCUCCUCUGGUUUCUGAUGCCCGCCAGCUGACAGUGUUCUCUGGAAGAGGCUUGUGCACGCCGCCAAAGCACCGUCUUGCUGCCACCAGCGCCGUCCUCGAGGGGAAGACGGGGGGCUGCCAGCCUCGUCCUGUCUGCAGCCUAUGAGCAGGAGAACCUUGCAAGCCACUGCGUGGCCACUGGGACACAGCCUUGGUUUCUGAGUCCCUCGCGGCGGUGACAGGACAUCCGCUGUGUUUCCUACCGUGACUGAACAUGAGGACAGACGGACUAACAAAACAAACAGACAGACAUGGUGCUGACCUGGUGUGGUUCUUACUCACCUCGUGAAUUAUCAACUGUACAUGAGAACAAAAGGGGUUUUAGAAAAAAAUGCAGGAAAUCCGUUUUUUAAGAUGUUAGUCUUGUAGUGUGAAUAAAUUUGCCAUCACCUUUUGUGUGGUGGCCACAGGUCACAUCCUUUUUUUCUGCAUAUAUCUUUUUAACUACUGUAACGAGUGCGGUAACCGUGACGUUUUGUGCUACUCUUCUACGCAGUCACGAUGCGGUCAUGUUUAUUUUUUCUGUUAAGAUGUUUUUGACAGUUUCAAGAGCAGUCUUUUGGCUCCGACCAUUUCUUGUUCUGUUUUCAAUGAAAUCAAUAAAAAAAGGACUUUCA